AUGGAUAUGGUAGAGCUUGGGAUGGAUACGGCUUGGUGCUUGGCUUGUUCAAAGCAAUUGGACAAUCCCAAAAGCACCUACUGUAGCGAUGUAUGUCGCCAUCAAGACUCUUUACCCCUAGAAAACGCCCUCGACGUCGCCGAGAUUACCUGGCCCUCAAGUAUAGCUCCUCACUCUACCAAGACCAAUGGCGACCGUCCCACCGUCCAGCCUUCCGGUCCUUUCGAGGAAGUCCUUACAGGGAACCAAUUCCGAGGUCGUCGGGCGUACUCUUUCCCCGCCCACCAGACUCAAGAAGCUCCCCUUCUCCCUGGGUCCCGCCGGCACACGCAGACGCAAGAGACACUGCAGUUUAUCCGCAAGAGCCAUCGCGUAUCUGCCACCUUGUCCCAUAACGCCUCGCCCCACCUCGGGCCUGUUGUCGCUCCUAAAGCGUCCAAGGGCUUUGGCAAGUUGUCAAAGACGACGGGAGACAAUACGCCCCUUGUGCCCGAUUCUGUCUUUUGCUCAAAUUCCGAGAGCAGCGACAACGAGUGCGUCGGUCAGUCGUCACGAAACAUCGCUCGACGGAUGUCGAGCAAGAGCGCCAGAGGCGACUAUCUGUCUGAAACCAUCCGGCUACCUAGAGCACCUGUCCCUCGCCGUUUCUCUGUCAACCUCAUGAUGGAGCCCGGCGCCCCCCGUGCUCGACCAGCUCUCGAACCGGCCUACACCCUUCCGAUCGCUCUUAAACCCUCGAGCCCCGUCGCGCGCAUGGUAGCUACAUCCGCAGGCUCGCGGUCCCGAGAAGAUAUUGUCAGCUGGCUCAACGAAGUCAAGUGUCUGCCAAAUCAGGCGGAUGGCGAUACCGACUUGUCGUUCAACCGCCACGAUACGAUCACUCCCACCCAAGAGCGGGUGGAAUGGGUGGGCGAGAACGGGCUCAGCACGACGCCGCAAGGUCGCUUUGGCUCGGCGCUUGCUGGUUUGAGCACAAUUCGGGGGUUUAGCGCUGUCAGAGCGUUUGCGAGCGCCGCAGGGUCGAACCCACCAACAACGACAGCUUCGGCUGCUAUCGCGGCCGCAAAGAACCCCGAGAUGCCCAGCACUAUCCAAGCCACAUCCUCACAGGCCGAAGUCUCGCGCGUCGCAGUCACCGCGGUGUCGACAGAGCAUGACGACUCCGGCUAUGUCACGAGCCACGUCGGUGCCACCCCUACGCUAUCGACCAUUUCGCUCUCAGAAGUCAUGGACCCAUUGACGGAUGGUGGGGAGAAUGUCGACUUUUUCAGCGACGAGCAGAGCGCGAAUGGGGAUUAUUCGUAUGUGCAGCGUCGUCUUUCCGCUGCCAUCACUGGCCCCAACGCCCCCAAGAGCGGUGACGAGUCGGCCAAGCUGGCAGACCCGCCAAAGGCCUCCUCAGCCAUUCGCCCAUUGACAAACACGGCACGAGCCAUCUGGAGCUUUUCCAACUACCUCCGUUCUUUCGCCCCACUUUCCAUCUCUUCCGUGGCACCUUCUCCCCGCAAGGCCCAGUCACCAAUCUCUCCCAAGAGCUCUACGCCGGCCAAACCGCCAUCCCCCCGCGCACACACCUCACCCUCGUCCAUCCUCCACGACCAACCCAAAGAUAUUUCUAUCGCCCCCAUGCCCACUGCCCAUCAGCCCCCGCCUCCCGAGCCGGAGAGCCCGGUCAAGGAGAUGGUUCGCAGCUUGCCGAUGAAUAUCGUGCAUCCUGCCGGUAUGGAGAACGUCGCACUCGAGCGGCGGGUGCAGAGGGAGCAGGAAGCCGAGAUGGGUAUGGAUGCGCAUUGGUCCCCGAGCAAGUCGCGUAGUCGAGCGAGGGGGAGUGCGAAGGGGAGCAGGGUGAGGGCUGCUAGUCCUAGCAGGAGUAGGAGUCGGGGAAGGAGUCAAGGGAGGAGGUCCCGGGCGAGAGAGAUGUCCAAGGUCCGAAGGAGUCACUCGAGGCAUGGCAGGAAGGUGUCUUACGAUGCCGAUGCUAGCGGUGAGGAUGAGCCCGAGGACGAUGAUGCGAGAGGAAGAAGCAGGCGGCCAAGGGGUCUCAGGAUGGAGUCUAUGGAGGAUGAUAGACGGGGGCGAGAUAGGACUGUGAAGGCUUAG